AUGUCUCAGAGUCAAUUUAUUGGGAAAUCUGGUGUUUUGGGGAGCGGGGAGAAUACUCGCAAAAGGUUGAAGAUUUCGGUUCCUCAUUUUGAUAACAAGGAUCUUAUCAAACAGUAUGAUAAGACUCUCAUUGGGAGGUGUUUGAACCCUGGUGCACAAGAUGUGAAAGCUCUUAUAGUGAUGUUGCCCAAAAUAUGGAAGGUGGAGGAGCGUGUUGCUGGAACGGAUCUUGGUUUUGGGAGGCUUCAGUUUGAUUUUGUUGAGGAGGAGGAUAUCGAGACAGUCCUCAAGCCGCAACCUUUUCACUUUGAUUAUUGGAUGACUGCGCUGGCUCGUUGGCAGCCAAAGAUGCCACAAAACUUUCCAUCAGCCAUACCGUUCUGGAUUAAGGUUUUGGGCGUUCCUCUGGAGUUUUGGGAUGCAUCGUCCUUUCAAAGCAUCGGUGACGCUCUUGGAGAAACAGAGGAAGUUGAUCUUGAUUAUGGCAGGAUCAAGGUGGUCAUCGAUGUGGGAAAGGAGUUGAUUUUUGACACAACAGUGGAUUUUGUCGGGGGAGAGUUCCAUGAAGGAGAUGAGGCCUUCAUAUCUUUGAAGUAUGAGAAACUUUUCGGUUUCUGUGACCACUGUUUCUCUUUAUCUCAUGGUCUUGACGAGUGUCCUUUGAUCACAAGGAGUCUCCAGAAAAAGAAAGACGUCAGGGAACUUCCGAUAAGCAGACAGGACGACCGUGCUCGGAGCUACAAGGGUGUGGUGAUCAAUGGUGCAAUGGAUCAGCAGGGUCAGGGGAGAGAUAAUAGGGAUCACACUGGAAAAGGAAAGGGGAAGAUGUAUGAGGAGCCUGAAUCAAGAUGGGUUAAGGUCCCCGAGAAGAGGGGAACUGUUGAGGCUAGUGAUGACGGGUUUCUGAAUCUAUAUGAUGGUGAGGUGGAGGUGAGUAAUGAACAGGUUCUGGAAGAACUCCCUGAGGUUAAAGAGGAUGAAGAAAUCAAUGAGGAAACAGAGGGAAAGGAGCAACCCCCGGGUGAAGUGGAAAAGAAGAAGGUGGUGCGUAAAGGAUUGUUUAAGCAAACGGCGGUGGCAGGGGCUUCCUCUAAGGCGCGCAACAUCCAAGCUAUCAUAUCUACUCGUAAGCGCGCAACCAAUAACACCAAACCUGCCACUCGUCAAGGUGAAGGAGCAAAGCAUCAUGAGGAGAAGGGUCCUUCAUACCCUACGGCCACCUCAUCCAAACCCUAA